ACGCACGCACGCACGCACUCAAAGCCAGUCAGAGCCCCGGGCCGAAAGCAGCCUCCGCUCGCGCUCGCGCCGCGCUCCCGACGUCGUGCGGUGCCGAGCCCCCCUCGCCGCCUCUCCGUCGACCUUUAUAUUCUGCGCUGCUGCAGGGGCGGGCGGGGCUAGCGGAGGUAGAAGAAGGGAGGAGAGUCGAGGCGUCGUGGUGGUGACCACGGACAAAACCCGGCUGAAGGGAGGCGGACGCACCACCGUGCCGGUUACAUGGGAGGAGGCCGCGGUGUCGUCACCGGGUUCUACGUCUGGGGCUGGGAGUUCCUCACCGCGCUCCUCCUCUUCUCCGCCGCCGUCUCCUGCUAGCUAGCUUCUCCAUCCAUCCUUGAUUAUACUCCAAUCACGUACAUACAUACAUACAUACAUACACACAACAAGCUUAUUAGUAUUAGGUAGAGAGGCAUCUGUUACUGUUAGGUGAUUAUUAAGCGGGCGGGGAUGGCCGGGGCGGCGGCGGCGCAGCAGCAGCAGCAGAAGGGUGGCGGCGGCGUUGUGAUGAAGGGAGGCGGCGGAGGGCCGGCGCCGUUCCUGACCAAGACGCACCAGAUGGUGGAGGAGCGCGGGACGGACGAGGUGAUCUCGUGGGGGGAGCAUGGGCGGUCGUUCGUGGUGUGGAAGCCGGUGGAGCUCGCCCGCGACCUCCUCCCGCUCCACUUCAAGCACUGCAACUUCUCCUCCUUCGUCCGCCAGCUCAACACCUACGGUUUUCGGAAGGUGGUGCCGGACCGGUGGGAGUUCGCAAACGAGAACUUCCGGCGUGGCGAGCAAAGCCUCCUCUCCGGCAUCCGUCGCCGCAAGGCUACGACGACGACGACGACUCCCCAGUCCUCUAAAACCUGCGGAACGGCCGUAAACGUCGCAUUCCCCCCGCCGCUGCCGGCUCUGCCUCCCGCGUCUGCCAGCACGUCCGGCACCGGCAACGACCUCAGCUCCUCCUCGGCAUCCUCGCCGACGCGCCCGGAUCUCAGCAGCGAGAACGAGCAGCUCAGGAAGGACAACCACGCGCUGGCGGCUGAGCUGGCUAUGGCGCGGCGGCACUGCGAGGAGCUGCUGGGCUUCCUCUCGCGCUUCCUGGACGUCCGGCAGCUGGACCUGCGCCUGCUGAUGGACGAAGACAUGCAAGGCGCGGCCGGCGGCGCCCGCUCGGGCUCGGCGGACCAGGAGCAGUGCUGCGAGAAGAAGGUGAAGCUGUUCGGCGUGAUCCUCAAGGACGCGUCGGCGAGGAAGAGGGGGCGGUGCGACGAGGCGGCGGCCGGCGAGCGGUCGGUCAAGAUGACGAGGAUCGGGGAGCCGUGGGUCGGCGUGCCGUCGUCCUGGCCGGCGCGUUGCGGCGGCGGGAACUGAUGCGCGCUUCGCCGCGGCCGGGGCCGGGCGGCUGCACCCAGCAGGGGCGCGCGCUACUGUACAUCUGUACGCGUGCAUGGGCAGCAUGGCCGCGCUGAUGGCUACUCCAGUUGGCAACAAAGCCAACACCGGCUCCUCCCAUUCGAUCAACGUUGUUCUUUGCAGAAAGACUUUUAAGAUAAGAAAACUUGUCAGGGCACAAAAGUCCAUAGCUAAUGCGCGUGUAAGAACCUAAGAACUAAUCCUGGUACACCGAAGAAAUAGGAAGGAAAGGACUGCAAGGUGAAGAGUGUUCGAAGUUUUUUUUUUUUUUUUUUUUUUUUUUUUUUUGCGACUGGAAGAAGAUUGGGAGAUUGGAAGAUGGAGCUCAGGUCAUGCUGAUUGAAGCCACGCAGCUGGCUCCUCUUUACCGUUGGAUCCGAUCAUACACACAUAAAGGUCUGCAGGACUAAUGCUAGGAGCACCAAGUUUGACAAGGUGUAAAGCUAUACACCCCAUUUGAGAUAUGCAGCUGAUUGUACC